CUCGUGAGUUGCUAUUCAAGAUGCGACUGAGGGGUACUGUGGAGCUAGUGAGACCCAUGGAACACCUUCACCGGGUGAUGUGGACAUCAGACGUUAUUUAACUGUUCCUGAAAACGGUAUGGAAGCCUCCUCGCGUUCAUCCACUUCAGUGCAGAAUGGACCUGGCGAUCUGCAACUGUAAUGUGGAAAUCUCGGCGGAAUCCAUGCGGUUGGGAAAGAAGGCCCUUGGCACGUUACAUUGAAGCGAUGUAUAAAGCGGUUCCUGAGUACCAAAUUGGAGAGUUUGACUCAGCUGCAAUUACCUUAAAUCUUUGGUCGCUAAGCUCAAGCUCACUUGCAAGAUGCGUGGGCUUUCAAUUGCUGGAGUUGUCUUCGGACUUGCUGCCCUGGCAUCUGUUUCCAGCGCCAUGACAUUAUCUGCUGCUGCACAAGACUUGUUCGACUAUUGCAUGUCAAUUCAAGAUCCAAGAUGGGAUGAGACGUACAAUGUAGUCUGGUUCAAUGACAACGGUCCUUGGUCGAUCCGUUUCACUGCGUGGUAUACGGCAGGACUACUGCACCGUAAUCAAGGCCAUGAUGUCGAGAAUGCAAAGGCCGCCUUGAAAGCAAUUCUGGCAGUUCAGAUGAACUACGAUUUCGACUCGGCUUGGUAUGGAGACUUUAAGUUGUCUCCUGAUGAACCAAACCCUCAGACACCUUUGUAUACUCCUAGUAUCUACAACACUUACGAUCCUAAUUGGAGAGAAUUCAUCGGGACCCAACUCGUUCAAGUGGUCGAAGAAUUUGAAGAAUUGAUAGGACCUGGACUGGUAAGCGAUAUCGAAACAGCCAUGGCAUAUGAUGCUGUAGGAGCUAUGAGACGAAAUGGUUCUUUCCCAGAAGGAGACAAUCUCAUCUUGGCCUACUCCAAUCCACGCUACAUGCGAGCUUUGAACGUAGGCUGGAUCGGAGCCCGUCUCAACAAUCAGACUUUCAUCGACUUCGGCAAUGAUCAAGGUACCAUGCUCUACGAACUGUUCACCAAGAACGGUGCAAAUACUCUUGGUGAAUAUAACGCUCCAACCUACUAUGGCAUGGAUAUGUGGGCCAUGGCAUCCAUGGCGAAGUACGGACCGAAGAAUGCCACAUUCACCGAAAACGCCAAGAAGAUCAUGGCGUUGGUCUGGGAAGACAUCGCGGAGCACUACAAUCCAUAUCUCGGCAACAUGGCAGGUCCUUACGACAGAGCAUAUACUCGAGACAUGACGACUCACGACGCAGUCCUCUCCAUGUUCUGGUGGGGAAUCUGUGGACACGACAAAGCCCCCACACCACCAAAAAGCGACUUGGAUCUCAACUACGACGUUUCUCAAGGUGCGGCGCUUGCUCUCAUUAUGGACACCGUUGCCAGCACUUUCUCACCCGAUGUCAUCACAAAAUUAACCACGCCCUUCACAACCGAGCGUUUCCUCAACAAGACCAUAUACUACGAUCUCGACACAAAUAACAGCCGAACAGCAACAUCCUGGCUCAGCAAACCCCUCAUGAUCGGCGCUCAAAUCGUCUCCGAAACAGUUAACCGUGGCCAACAAUUCACCCCCGCAAUCGUACACUGGGCAUCUGACCCUUCACACAAACCGUUUCCUUACAAUGGAUUCUUCUCUCUCUACCCUACCGCUUCGACAAUCUCCGCAACGGCUUCAUCCCAUUAUCUCGAAAUCAGCUAUCCGAACACGACGCAAGAUGGAACGGAUUCGUUCCAAUUCAUGCUCUCGGGAAUCCCACCGCCGUGGAACCUGGCGGGGAAUGUGGUUGAUGGGUUUACUCAUCUGCCGUGUUUGAAUGUCACUGUGGAGGCGCCGGGACUGGAGAGGUUGGAUACGGUGUAUGGGAGUAUGAUUUAUGAUCAUUAUUAUUAUAAUAUCACUUAUGUGGUGCCUGGGAAUUUUUCGGGAACGCCGUGGAUGGGGUUUGAGUUUGUUUAUACUUGCUGAGAGGAAGUAAUGUAUAUGCUCUAGUGGUUGGAAAAUGGAAAAAGUCUGAAAGUAUCUUGGUUACUGGACUCAAAUCUAGCCUCUGUGAUCUGUGCGAGAGCAAACGUUUCUCUAAGCUUGGCGCACUGUUGCAAAGGUAUACCAGUCUUUGGUGUGGGAACCUUAUUGUCUACGACGAGGACAGAUAUUUUAAACCUUAGGAUAUAAGACAAUGUUGUUCCAGAGCUUGUCGAACAC